AAUAUGAUGUUGGAGAGAGAGACCAUUGGGAUAUGAUGUUUGUGGAGAAAAUGUUUUCGCGUCUUUUGAAGAGGGCGGAGAGAACUCAUAAAGGCGCACAUGAUUGGAUAGACUCGUGUGACCACGCCCGUUCGUGGUAUCUUGGUCUAUAUUCAAGCGCUGCGUUCAACCACUGUUGAAACUAGUGGGUAUCCUUCUACGGGAGCGACAGGUUGAAGUGCGAGGAAAAGUAAAAGAAACUAGCUAUUAUUUUUUUCUUCAAAGGACCUCCCCCCCAAAAAAUUAUACGAUCGCCUUUUAUUUUUCCAUUGGAUCCAUAACACUGAGCGGGGCUGGAUUAAAUUGAGACCACUUUUUGUGUUUUUCCUUUGAAAUUUUAUUUAAAAACACCGAACAACGAUGGGUUCCCAAGCGUCCAAAGGAGAGGUAGUCGGGGAGGCGAAAGCUGCUGCCGCGGACGCGGCUGCCGUCGCGAAUACGGUUUCCAUAAAAACGAACGGACAGGAGAAUGGCCAUGUCAAGUCCAAUGGUGACGUCUCUGCCACAGAGACGGCCGCCACCAACGGUUCCACUGACGCCGCCGAGGAGGCCGAGGCCGGCGCAGGAGGGGACGCCAUCGAGCCAGCGCCAGCCGCCGACAAGGAUGCUGCCAAACCGGUAGGUGAGGCCGCCACCAAGGAUACCCCCAAGAAAAAGAAGAAGUUCUCCCUGAAGAAAUCAUUCAACUUCAAGGGCCUGAAACUGAAGAAGACCAAGAAAGAGGAGGUGGUGAAGGAGGAGGCGGCCGCUCCCGCUGAGGAGAAACCAGCUGAGAACGGAGCCGCUGUGGCUUCGGAGGAGAAGAAAGAGGAGGUGGUGAAGGAGGAGGCUGCUGCUCCUGCUACAGAAGCCCCGAAGGCAGAGGAGGUGCAGGCUAAAACUGAGGAGGUGAAGGAGGCUCCUAAGGAGGAGGUGAAGGUGGAGGUGAAGGAGGCGGCUGCCGCUGCUCCUGCCCCAGAGCCCACCAAACCAACAGAGGAGACCAGCUCGACCCCCACGGCAGCAGCUCCCUCCCAACAGAAAGCAGAGUGAUUGUAUCUUUACCCACAACAAGGACUGUGAACUGUUUUUCAAGAGAGAGAGAAAAAAUUGAGUUAUAUAUAUAUAUUUCUAUAUGUGUAUAUGUAUACAUAUGUAUAGAUAUAUGUGUAUGUAAAUAUAUACACAUUUAUGUGAGAGACUCCUUCGUGCCACUUUUGUCAUGGUAACAAGAUGACAGACUAGAUUCACUAGUUCACUUCCCUGGUUACGACCCCUGGUUACAGCGACACAUCUGAACCCAUUAGUAUUAUGUGCUGAUUGCUGUGGGACAACGGGGAGAGUGGAAGACACAGUUAUGGGUGGGAGUUGAGUUGACGUGUCUUUCUCAAAACACCCAGCUCAAAAAGAUGCAUCAACGCGAGCGAGCGAGACACCAACCAACCACCACAUGAAAUAAAUAUAAACAAAAAAGACUCGCCAACUUUAUACAUUCCUAUAUUUUAACCCAAAAUUUGAACUAUUUUGUGGUGUUACAAUAGAGAACCAUUUUAACGAUUCAGAGAAGCUAUGUCUUGUUUUGUUUUGAAGAAGAAGAAAUCAAUAAGUUUAGAUUUUUAUCUUGGCUAUAAAAAAUAAGAGAAAUAAAAAGAGAACAAUUAAGCUUUCUAUGUUCACUGUUGCAGUUUUUAAAAAACGAAGCAGAGUUGUUGAUCUGUCUGUGGUGUGUAAGCCUGACUCUUGCUCGAUGGUCUCUGUAAAUACGUUGGACUGAUUCUGUUCUUUAUUUUGCUACUGUUGACAGAUGUUUAUGGUUUUAUUGUAAAGUUCAAAAUGGUAAAUAAAUGUUGGUUACCAAUACCUGCC